AUGGAUUCAGUGGAUUCUCGAAGUGGUUUCUGCAACUCGAACUCGACAUUCUACAGCCAACGGAGACCGAUUCCGUUACCGCAAAAUCCUUCUCUCGACGUUACAACUUUCAUAUCUUCUCAGCCACAUCGUGGUCGUAUCGCCUUCAUCGACGCUUCCACCGGUAAGAAUCUCACUUUCUCCGAGCUAUGGCGUUCCGUCGAAUCCGUCGCCGAUUGUCUCUCCCAUAUGGGGAUUCGAAAAGGCCACGUCGUACUUCUCCUCUCUCCGAACUCCAUUUUAUUCCCCGUCGUUUGUCUCUCCGUCAUGUCACUCGGCGCCGUUAUCACCACCACGAACCCUCUCAACACUCCCGGAGAGAUCUCCAAACAGAUCAACGACUCAAAACCAGUCCUCGCCUUCACCACGAAGCAGCUCCUCCCGAAGAUCGUCGCCGCCGCGACGGGAUCUAAGAAGCUCCCGAUCGUGCUUAUGGACGAGGAACGAGUUGACUCAGUUGGUGAGGUCGGGAGAUUGGUGGAGAUGAUGACAAAGGAGCCGAGUGGAAACAGAGUCAAGGAACGAGUUGACCAGGACGACACGGCGACUCUGCUUUACUCUUCGGGAACAACCGGGAUGAGCAAAGGAGUGAUCUCUUCUCACCGUAACUUAAUCGCUAUGGUACAAACCGUCGUGAAUCGGUUUGAAUCUGACGACGGAGAGGAACGGUUCAUCUGCACCGUUCCUAUGUUUCACAUCUACGGUUUAGCAUUGUUCGCUACUGGACUACUCGCUUACGGAUCGACGAUCGUGGUUCUGUCCAAAUUCGAGAUGCACGAGAUGAUGUCUUCGAUUGGGAAGUACAAAGCCACGUUUCUUCCUCUCGUUCCACCGAUCCUUGUGGCGAUGAUCAACGGUGCUGAUCAGAUUAAAGCGAAGUACGAUCUGAGUUCUAUUCACACUGUUUUGUGCGGUGGAGCUCCGUUGAGCAAAGAAGUGACUGAAGGAUUCAUGGAGAAGUAUCCGACGGUUAAGAUCUUACAAGGUUAUGGGUUGACCGAGUCAACGGGUAUAGGAGCCUCCACGGAUACUGUUGAGGAAGGUCGGAGAUACGGUACCGCCGGGAAAUUGUCAGCGAGUAUGGAAGGGAGGAUCGUGGAUCCGGUUACGGGUCAAAUGCAUGGACCUAACCAUACCGGUGAGCUUUGGCUCAAGGGUCCUUCUAUAAUGAAAGGUUAUUUCAGCAAUGAGGAAGCUACGAGCUCGACACUUGAUUCUGAAGGAUGGUUAAGAACCGGAGAUCUCUGUUAUAUUGAUGAAGAUGGAUUCAUAUUUGUGGUUGAUCGGUUAAAAGAACUGAUCAAAUACAAAGGUUAUCAGGUCCCGCCAGCUGAGCUAGAGGCUUUGUUGCUCACUCAUCCUGAAAUCUCUGAUGCUGCAGUCAUCCCGUUUCCGGACAGAGAAGUGGGGCAAUUUCCAAUGGCAUACAUUGUAAGGAAAACAGGGAGCAACUUAUCAGAGAAGUCGAUAAUGGAGUUUGUAGCGAAACAAGUAGCACCGUACAAGAGGAUACGAAAAGUGGCUUUUGUAUCUUCCAUACCAAAGAAUCCUUCGGGUAAGAUUCUGCGAAAGGAUCUAAUCAAGCUCGCAACUUCCAACUCCAAGCUUUGA